GCUCCACCAGUUUCCAGACGAACCAACUCCCCACCAGCAGACCGCCGUUCACACGGGAGACAUGGGACCGAGGAGUCACCGAGGGGGGGCAACUCUUCUCAUUCACCACAACAACUCAGGGCAGAGGCAGGGAGACAGCUCGUAGCUCGGCGUGUGCACGGGAGCCUGGUACUUUUACACCUGUUUUCACCGUUUUCCACUCAGCAAAAGGACCGGAAGGGAAACAAGUUAAAUGACAUCCGCGCGAUUUUGAUACCUGGGGCAAAGUGCCACACCUUCGUUUAGCACGACAGCUCCCUUCGACAGAGGAGGCCAAAUGGGGUGCCAAUGCUGCCGGAUGAUAAAAAGCUACAUCUACGACCCCUCUGUGGCGGUGGAUGUGAGGAAGCCCGACUCCGCAGGCAGCUCUCUCUACCAGCCCCACCAGCACUCAGGCGGCGCCCUCAGCGGUGACCCCCACAGCGGACACAACAAGCAGAAGCAUGGCUUCCAAAACCUGGGCUACAGCAAGUCCACCGACAGCACGCUGAGGCUCGAGGUCGACAACAACCAGGUCAACUACCGGCUGCACGCCGCGCCCUCGAACGCCAAGGAGCUGCAGCAGCAGGGCAGCGCGCCGCCUCCGGAGGGCGGCCUGUACAUCAUCCAGCCAGAGGCCGAGGGGCCGCGAUGGGCGACGCAGGAAAACAGCCCGAGCCAGGUGCCCGUCUACCCCGACGCCGACGAGUACGAGAGCCGGGCGACGACGAACGGGUGGGACGGCUCCGUCACCGAGCGCGGGAUCAGGAAGAGCCUGUCCACGGAGGAGAUAGACGAGGGCGUGGGAGGGACGCCGGAGUACCCGUGCGACACGGGGGACGAGGGGAGCGUCCUGUCGGUGGACAUCCACACCAGCACCACCAGCCUGUCCUCGGCCGACACCAGGGACGGGCUCACGCCGCCAAAGGCCACGGACGUUUCCACCAUGGAGAGCGGGAUCUCGGUGGGCGCGGAGAAGAGCGAGGACGAGGUGCAGAGCGUCACGGACUCGAUGGUGGCCGAGGCUCUCGCCGCCUUAGAGGCCGCCACAGCCGGAGAGGACUGUGAGUGACGGACGUCUGUCGACGCGACGGACUGGACAGAGCGCUCUAUACCACAGCUCCCAAUAACAAUGGCUUUAUCUAAGAACAUGAAACGAAUGAAGGAAAACUCUGUUUACAAAAAAGGACAGAUUUAUUUUUGAACUCUCAGAUAUUUUUUAUUGUGGAUACAUCGACAGAUCGUAACGUCUGUCUUGUGAAGGAGGCUACAUUUCCAAAGCUGCGUGGUUCCUAUGAAUCCACAGCCGAAGAGACGUUAUCGUGCGGACUGAAUGUGCAGCCGUCUCCCAGUGUAUUUAACACUCCACAGUCCUAAUAAGCAUUUGCCAUGUUCAUACCGCAUAUGUAAUACAUCACACAUUGCUUUUAUCCCAUGUGGAUCCCAGCGUUGCUACUUGUUAGCAUGUACUCAAAUCCUCAGUGGACACUGUCUUUGCCAUAACUUCCUGUCUCUCCGGGAACGUCGCCCUCAUUUCACCGAGCAGGUCAAAGAGGAAAGGUCAUUGAACAGUUUUUACAUUUUUUUUUUUUUUUGUGUUCUCAUAUUUAUAAAAUUUUCAGCCACAAUUGUUUUGAUUUAUUGUGAGACAAAAACUGGAUGAAAAAGCCGUUCUUCUUCAGAGCUUCUUCGUCGGAGAAUCGUCGAUCGUUGAUUUCAGAAUAAAACUGAAUUAAUAUUUUAUCUAACCUGGAAAUUAAUCAGGCACAUGGACACUUAUUCUCAAGCCACAUUUUUCCAUUCACAUCAUUUCUGUGUUGAAACAUUUCAUAAAUUAGAUCAUUUGUGUGAAAUGUGUAAUUUCUAGUGACACCGCUUUAGUUUCUGAAGUUGACCAGCUGAGGUCAAAUCACUGUUGACUAAACUACAGAGAGGCUGCCGAUACACCUGACUAGCUCUUUAUUUCCAAUUUUAUAGGUCAGACAUUGUGUUUGUAGUCCGGCCGGUGAAAUUAGUUCAACUCAAGUGCCUUAUAAUGAACUAACUGAGGCUAGAAGGUGCAGAAUAAAUAAUAGCUUUUUUUAAAAAGACUUUCAGAGCUGAAGCUACACAAGCUGUUGUCCGUUUUGCUGCAACACCACUAUUCAGUUAUUGUGUGCCUGCCAAAUCAUUUCUACUUAUUGUAAAAUAAAGAAAAGGAAUGUAAAUUUG